AUGAGUGCUAGGCUGGCUCCCCUCGCUACUGCAAUGCUCUGUGCUGUGGUAGCCGCGCUGCUGCUCCUGCCGGCGCCGCCGUCGUUGGGCGCCGAGGAGGAAGCAGCUACAAGCCGGAGUAACUGCACCACCCACUGCGGCAACAUCAGCAUCCCAUACCCGUUCGGGGUGGAGCCCGGCUGCUACCACGACAGCGGCUUCAACCUCACCCGCAACCAGUCCUACAGCCCGCCCCAGCUCUUCCUCGGCGACGGCACCGUUCAGGUGCUCGACAUCGAUCUGCCCAACGGCACGGUACGUAUCAACAGCAAGCCAUUGGAAAUCCCCUAUGGCGACAAUGGAAAAGUAAGCCGCCGCACAUGGCGCGCCGGCGGCCUGGGAUACGCUGCCGACGGGCCAUACUUUCUAGCGGGAGCAGGGCGGAACAACUUAGUAGCACUCGGGUGCAACUUCCAAGUCGUCCUCUUGGGAGAGAACAACAACCUUGUCAGCUCUUGCUCUCCUUUCUGCCCGGGCACAGGUUACAAGGAUACAGAUACCUGCUCCGGCAUCACCUGCUGCCAGGCAACCAUACUGGAGGGUCGCGCUUCCUACGGACUCCUCGUUCAACGGGUUGGUUUCGGUUAUUAUAGAUCCUGGGUCAAUGUGUUAAUUAUGGAAUCGGACUAUUUGCUUAACGUGACGGACUAUUCUUAUGACCAGUACACAGUCCCUGCCAUGUAGGCUGGGCGAUCAACAGCUCCGUAUGUCAUACCAAUGGGUUGUCACCUGCCUGCCGCAGUAAUCACAGCUUCUGUCUUAACUACACCACAGAUUUUGAUCAAGGUCUUGUUUAUGGUUAUGAGGAUCAACGGCAUAACUGCAGUAAUACAAAUCAUCAAAAUUGGUGUAGCUACAAGAUCUACAAGCUCACUCCACCAAGAGCUAUCUGAUCUGAACCUUGAGAGCCUCCACCAUGUAAUAUCAACAAAUGUGAUUAUCCAAACAUCUAUCCAUGUUACGGCAAUUGCAGAAACACACACGGAGGAUAUGAUUGCCAGUGCCCUCCUGGCUUCAUGGGCGAUGCUUUUACACCAAAUGGAUGUGAAGACAUUGACGAAUGUAAACACAAGGAAACAUAUCCAUGUUAUGGAAUCUGCAUCAAUUUGCCUGGGACAUUCCAUUGCCGGUGUCAAGAUGCUGCCCGAAAUUAAUGACUUUGUAUUUUCGUCUAUGAUACCAUAUUUUACAGGUUUGGGAAUAGGUCUUGUGGCUAGUGGCAGCUCAAUCAUUUUACUUUUAGUGCUCGCUGCCCCGUUUAUAGCACGCAAAAUGAAGUUAAAUAGGGCAAACAAUCUGAAAAGAAGAUUGUUCAAGCAAAAUCAUGGGUUGUUGUUGCAACAACUAAUAUCCCAGAAAAGAGAUUUUGGUGAAAGGAUGAUCAUUCCUUUGUUGGAUCUAGAGAAGGCCACAAACAAUUUUGAUAGAACUCAUGAAGCCGGUGAUGGAGGCCACGGUUUUGUGUAUAAAGGAAUUUUAGACCUACAGGUUGUCGCCAUCAAGAAAUCCAAGAUCGUUGUACAGAGAGAAAUUGUAGGGAUUAAAAUCGAUGACUUCAUAAACGAGGUUGCAAUUCUUUCUCAAAUCAACCAUAGAAAUGUCGUGAAGCUAAUCGGAUGUUGUCUUGAGACAGAAGUCCCAUUACUAGUUUAUGAGUUCAUUUCGAAUGGUACUCUUGAUCAGCAUCUUCAUGGUGAAGGCCCAAUAUCACUGUCAUGGGAUGAUCGAAUAAGGAUCGCGCUUGAUGUUUCUAGAGCUCUAUCUUAUCUUCAUUCAGCUGCAUCGAUGCCUAUUUAUCACCGGGAUAUUAAAUCAUCCAACAUUCUUCUUGAUGAUAAUUUAACAACAAAGGUAUCCGAUUUUGGAGCUUCGAGGUACAUUCCAAUUGACAAAACAGGGGUGACUACAGCUGUGCAAGGAACAAUAGAACUCCUAACUAGAAAAAAACCAUGCCUCUACCUUAGUGGUGGCAACGAUGGUGUUGGUCUCGUUUCACAUUUUGUUUCACUACUCGCAGAAGGUAACCUUGAUGAGAUAAUAGAUCCUCAACUCAUAGAAGAGGAAAAUGGGGAAGUCCAUGAGGUAGCUACGCUAGCAGCGAUGUGCAUUAAAUUGAAGGGAGAAGAGCGGCCUACAAUGAGGGAGGCAGAGAUGAAACUUGAAAUCCUGAGAGUUAACAUGCGUGUGGCACCUGAUACUGCUGCACCAAGGAGAUAUGAUGGAGGUCAAGAUGGAUCUCUAUGGAUGCCAGCUGAAGGAGUUGUUGUGGAAGCAAGCAGGCAAUACACUAUGGAGGAAGAAAUAUUAUCGUCUGGAAGUUAUCCUCGAUGAUCUUGCUGCAGUGUCCUUGACAACUCGAUGUUCCGCAUCUUUGCUUCUAAUGCAUCGCAAGUGAAAUAGUGAGUUGAAGGAAAAAAAUAGAAGCAUGACAAUACAAGCCGUGUGCUUCUUUCUUUGUAUUCGAAUAAAUUAUGUAUUUUAUUAAGGAAACCCUUAG